CUCCAAUUUCAAACAGUGAGUGCGUUUGUCCAUUGUGAGAUUAUUUUAACGUUAAAAUAACGCGUGAGUGGGUACCAAAAUAUUGUUUCUAAGUGCGUAGAAGUAUAGACUUUGAUGCUAAUAUUACACAUCAGACUUGUGCAAUCCUCUGUUCGUCUUGGAUGAUUCAAUGCCAUAAUUUUAGAAGAAGAUGACUGUGAAAGCGACGAAAUUUAAAUCUAGUCUGGGUAUCAACUAUCCGAGUCUACGAGAUGACCCUUUAAGGACAGGCCUGCGAUGGCUGGCGGGGAAAAGGGCCGACGAUGGGGCGGAAGGGCUGUGGAGGAUUCACGAUAAGUUGUACGAGCUGACUGACUUUAUCGAGAGGCAUCCUGGAGGACCGGAGUGGUUGGAACUGACCAAGGGCACUGAUAUUACAGAGGCCUUCGAAACACAUCAUUUAACGGUAGCUCCGGAAAAUAUGCUCAACAAAUUUUAUAUCAGGGAUGCUAAGAGUCCCCGGAAUUCACCCUUCACGUUUAAAAAUGAUGGCUUCUACAGAAAGUUGAAAACUAAUAUUACCAAAAAAUUGGCGGAGAUUCCAAAAAGACCAGCAGAUCGCUCUAAAACGAUUGCCGAUUUGUUGGUUGCUAGUUAUAUAGGUUUAGCACUUUUAGCUGUGAUUUGGAAGAGUUUCACUUGUGGGAUGCUGUCUGGGAUUUUCUUGAGUCUAACGUGUAUUGCAGCACAUAAUUUUUUCCACCAAAAAGAUAAUAUUAGGAUGUAUUAUUUCAAUUUUACGUUAAUGGAUUAUUCAGAGUGGAGGAUCAGUCACGCACUCAGUCAUCAUUUGCAUACCAAUACCAUAAACGAUCUGGAAAUUUCUGCGCUGGAGCCGUUCCUGCAAUACUUACCGGGGAACAAGCACGGACUUCUGCGGUUCCUCCACAUCGUCAUUUCGCCGGGGGUCUAUCUGUUUCUCUUCUUAGGUUCCUUCAUCAGGAGCAUCAUCUCGCUGUUUCUGAAAGAAAAGAAGUACUCCCCCGUCAUUUUUCUAGCGUUCUCGGUUUUGGGACUUAUGGUGGUGGUUUCUGGCGAGGUGAUCUUCCCUUUGACGAUGUUCGGGUUCAUACAGUUUACCGGGAGCUUGCACUUUGGGGCUGUGGGAUUGAACGCAGCCCAUCACCAUCCGGACAUAUUUCAUGAUGGGGACACUCCAAGGCCGAAACACGAAAUGGACUGGGGAAUACAUCAGCUGGACGCUGUGAUGGACCGUAAAGACAUAACAGGAUCCCAUUUUUUGGUCUUGACUAAUUUUGGGGACCAUGCUCUUCAUCACCUCUUUCCGACCAUCGAUCACGGACUCUUGGAAUACUUAUAUCCAACUUUUUUGAAGACUUGUGCCGAUUUUGGGAUCGAGUGGAAACUGAGUUCCCAGAUUGAGUUAGUGAAAGGGCAAUUUAGGCAGCUCAUCAAGACUGAUCCCAAUGCGGAACCACCGAGACCUCUUAAGCCUUUCAAAUCUUUGUGAUUCUUUUUAUUGUAGACUUUUUAUAUGUUGUAAAAAAGGGGAGAGAAUAAAACUAGAUAUUCAAUAGAA